AUGACUAUGGCGGAAUAUUCGCGUCCGAAUAGGGUGCCAAUGAACCAGGUCAUGCAGCCAGGUACUGCGAAUGUUGCUGGUGCACCUGUUCGUGUUUCUUUCCUGACUUUGAACGCGGGGAACAAAUCACCAUCACCUAGAACGGAGGAACAAGAUGAAUUUGAUUGUGAUGAGAAUUAUCGUGAAGAUAUCGCAACAGCUGAUAGAAUUUGUUUUAAUGUCGGACGGGAGUUAUAUGUAUAUUUGUAUAAAGGAAUUCAUACUGCUGCUGAUUUGAGUAAGCCUAUUGAUAAACGCGUUUACAAAGGAACUUAUCCCACUUGUCAUCAUUUUAAUCAGGAAACGGCUACUAGCACUAAUUGCAGCCUUAUUAUUGGAUUUUCCGCCGGGCAAAUUCAGUUGAUUGAUCCAUUUCAUAAGGAGUAUCAAGCGAGUCGCCUUUAUAACGAAGAGAGGUUUAUAGAUAAGACUGGCGUCACAUGCUUACGAUGGGGCGAUAAAUAUUCGGUGUAUAUGUGCAAAGCGAAAACAACAAGAAAUCCUGUGUAUCGCUGGCAAAUCGGUGAGGGCGGCAUCAAUCAGUUUGCUUUCUCAGGACCAGAUGCGAAGAUGUUGGCUACUGUAGGACAU